AUGCCAGCGAAUCCGCUGGGCUCAUUCGUUGUCUUUCAACGUGCCGCCGAGAGGUCGACCUCGAUCUCUGUACCAUGGCUCGUUGAGGCGCUGAGCUGGGUCGCCCUGGUCUGGUACCUGAUUGUAAUCGUCGUCUGCAUCAUUGGAUAUUCUCAAAUAUGGAAACACUACUCGAGUACGCCGUCCAAGGCAGUGUCCACCUCGAUGCGCGAUGCCCCCCAUGUUACCGUGAUUCGCCCCGUCAAGGGCAUCGAGCCGUGUCUUUACGAAUGCCUGGCGUCGGUUCUGCGACAGGACUACCCGCGCGACAAGCUGACCGUUUCCAUGUGCGUGUCGACGAGGAAGGAUCCCGCAUUUCCUACACUUGAGAAGAUCCUCAGGGACUUUUCUCACUGCGAUGUGCGUAUUCUGGUUGAAAAGGAAGAUCCGCUGCUCCAGGAGGACAGCACUUAUCCCUUGGGGCCCAACCCCAAGAUCAGAAACAUGAGCCGCGCGUACCGGGAGGCCAAGGGUGAUAUCAUAUGGAUCAUUGACUGCAAUGUCUGGGUCGGAAAAGGUGCCUGUGGACGAAUGGUCGAUAAGCUGUGCGGUUACGGCUCAAAAAAUGGCAAGCAGUACAAAUUCGUGCACCAUCUCCCUGUCGCAGUCGACGUCGAUGCGGACGAGGCCCUGGCCGACGAGUCCCGGCCUCUGCUUGCGAAUAAUGACAACGGCGAGUACGUCGCGAAGCAUCGCGCCCCUUCGGUUUGGAAAGACAAGGGAGGCCGUUUGGAAGAGUUGUUUCUUGCAUCCUCACACGCCAAAAUGUAUACCGCCAUCAACACCGUGCUGAUAGCGCCCUGUAUUGUGGGCAAGUCAAACAUGUUCCGCCAGUCCCAUCUCAACUACCUCACUGUUCCAAAACCUGGUGACACUCGGCCACGAAAUCCAGGCAUCGACUACGUCUCCGACCACCUGUGCGAGGAUCAUAUCAUUGGCGAUUGGCUUUGGAAGAACAAAGUCCGCGAGGAAAAGGAACAGGGCGUGCGUCUAGGCAAGCAUGCCUUGGUCCUGGGUGAUCUUGCUUUCCAGCCCGUGGCCGGCAUGAGCGUCAAAGCAUACAUUGCUCGUCGUCUACGCUGGCUACGUGUACGCAAGUACACUGUGUUACUUGCCACGCUUGUCGAGCCCGGAACGGAGUCGAUUGUGUGCUCUCUACUCGGCGCACAUGGUAUAACUACGAUAAUCGCUCGAUUCCUGCAAGACCGCAACGUGGCCCUGGGCUCGCAGCUUGGAACCUGGCGCGCUUUCUUUCUCAUCUGGGCAUCCAGCAUUAUAAUCUGGUGCCUGGUCGACUGGACGCUAUACCUCAUCCUUCACUCGUCAGCGACAGUCGAAACAGACGAAAACACAGUUUCAUUUGCAAGGCCCGAGCAAGCAAAAUCUCGACGCCCGUUUACGCACUGGCUCGCCGCGUGGAUUGGCCGCGAAUCGCUGGCGUUUCCCAUCUGGUUCUGGGCUGUCUACGGCGGCUCGACGAUUGUCUGGCGGAAUAGCGCUUUUCGCGUUUCGAUAUGGGAUACGAGGGCGCGUGAGGCUACGCGAGGGCUAGGUUCUACGGACUCAUCGUAUUCGGACGCGGCGUUGUCAGAGUCUUCAUCUUCAUCUUCUUCGCAAAAUCGAGCGCGGGAUAGAAGCAAAAUGAGACGGGAUUAA